AACCCCUCCUAAUCUCCAUACAUAAUUCGCUAACCCCUUCUAUUCCUCCCAACUCGAUCUCCUUCUUUACUAUUUUUCUAACCGUCCGAUCAAUAUGCCUUCCCCGUCCAUGCCUGACAACAUUGGUCAAGGAACUCAAACCUUGGAAUUAGAAACUAGCCUUGCUCCUCCUAGCUCCCACAAAAGGAUGGAGGGGAAGAUUGCAAUUGUGACAGGGGGAGCCAAGGGUAUCGGAGAGGCAACAGUAAGACUAUUUGUUCAGCACGGUGCUAAAGUAGUCAUUGCAGAUGUUGACGAUGCAGCUGGACAAGCCUUAGCCACAGCAUUGGCUCCUUCUGUCACUUUCAUGCACUGUGAUGUUACCUCCGAACAAGACAUCAAAAACCUCAUCGACUCCACCGUUUCAAGCCAUGGCCGUCUCGAUGUUUUCUUCAACAAUGCUGGACUGCUCGGAAGCCAGACACAGCACAAAAGCAUUCUCAACUUUGACGUCGAUGAAUUUGAUCGCCUCGUGAGUGUGAAUGUGCGAGGCAUGGCUCUUGGAAUGAAGCACGCGGCGCGUGUCAUGAUUCCUCAGGGCUAUGGGUGCAUAAUCUCCACAGCUAGUGUGGCUGGGAUCAUGGGAGGGCUGGGUCCAAAUGCUUAUACCGCGACAAAUCAUGCUGUCGUCGGGUUAACAAAGAACGUGUCUUGUGAACUUGGGAGGUAUGGGAUUAAGGUGAACUGUAUCUCCCCGUCUGGAAUCGCAACGUCGAUGCUUGUGAAUGCAUGGAAGGGUGGGAGAGGCGAUGAGGUGGGAAUCGGAGCCAUGAGUUCCGAGACAGGGUCCAGUACAGAGGAAGUUGCGAAAAUGGAAGCUUGUAUGAAAAAGAUAGCAAACUUGAAGGGGCCAACGCUGAGGGCUGCAGAUGUUGCAGAGGCAGCUCUGUAUCUGGCUAGUGAUGAAUCCAAGUAUGUGAGUGGCCAUAACCUGGUUCUAGAUGGGGGAAUCACCUCCUCCAAAGAUUUCGUUGGCUUUUAAAUUUAGAUGCAUUACAUUUUCCAUGUAAUCGCAGAGAAUAAUUUAUAGGACAUGUUAUUCCAAAUGAUUUGGAUACAAGUAUUGAUUUCGCAGAAAAUGAAUACAAGUAUUGAUUUCACAGAAAA